AUUUUAUCUUCCUUUGGAAAAAAACAAAAUUCAUUCCCCACUCACUGCUUUUUUCUACAGCCACACCCAAACCCAAACCCAACAACGAACAACAAAACAAAUCCACUCACUCCACACAUCUUUUUCAGUUUCGCUCGUACUUCUUCCUCGUAACUCUCACCCUCAUCACCGCAACCCUAGUUCGAUCCGCCGGAACACGAAUCCACCGUAGAUGAUUGUACGAUUGGGGAAUAGGUGAGAUCAAAAGGGUUGGAUUUCCUCGCCGGAUGGAGGGAGGUAGCGUCUCUAGACUUACUUGUUCUGGGAUUCACCCAUGGAUUAUGAUGACAAUGAUUUUCAAAACCAGAAUCUCCAUUUAGCUGGUGAAGGGAGUGCCAAAUUUCCUCCAGUAUUAAGGCCAUAUGCUCUCCCGAAGUUUGAUUUUGAUGAAAGCCUUCAAGCAAAUUUAAGAUUUGAUAGUUUAGUAGAAACUGAAGUUUUUCUUGGCAUUGAAAGUAACGAAGAUAACCAGUGGAUUGACGCAUUCUCCCGAGGGGGUAGUGGCAUAGAGUUCAGUUCAACUGCAGCCGAGUCUUGCUCUAUAUCAAGGCAUGGCAAUGUUUGGUCUGAGGCAACUUCCUCAGAAUCUGUUGAAAUGCUUUUAAAAUCUGUUGGGCAGGAGGACUAUAUUCCUAGACAAACAGUUAUUCAGGAAUCAGAUGCCUGUGAUGAACUGGCCUGCUUAGCUAAGCAAAUGGACACCAAUCCAAAAUUUGAUGAUAAAAAUGAAUUUAGAAGUAGUGUUUCAGAUUUACAUCCACCUGGUGGUAUCCAUACUGGUUUUUCUGGAUUGAAAGAGGAUGUAGGAAUGGAGAAGCCUCAUGGUGGAGUCUCCCAAGGUCAUGAAGGGGAAUCAUCCAUUGAUGGAACUUCAAGUAACCCCAAACUAAGUGAUAUCUGCAGAAAUAUUGACUUGCCUGUGUCUGAGGGGAGUCUGACUCUUGAUACCAAUGACAAAAAUAACAAUACAAACCAAAGAGAAGUUGAGACUGUUGAUGAUGACUCACAUCAUGGCAAAACUCAAGAUGAUUCAUCUGCAGUGCAAACUAAUAUUGCUGAAUCAUCUAUAAAAAAUAUGGGUGAUGACAAGAGAGAUCCUUUACAAGCACAAACUUAUAAUCAAGAUUUGGAAUCUUCUCUGAUGGAUAAAGAAGCUGUUGUGGACACACAAACUCUGGAUCGAGACAUGGUUGGGAGUGAUGCACAUCAUCUGGAUAAACCCCUUUGUUCAAUCCCCACAGAAGAAAAUUUGGAAGGGGGUGUAGUUGAAGGUCUUGAGACUGGGUUAAGUAGUUUAGAGGGUUCCUUAACAAUGGAAUCUGUUGCUGCUUCUGGCUCGCCGAAAGUUGAAAAAACCAGUGAAGAUAUGUGUUUCAGUGCUCUGUCUCAGAACAAUGUAAGUGAAGAUGUAAUGUUGCUUAACGAUGUGGAAAUGGAUGACCAGUCUGCACCAAAUACAUGUGUAUUGCCAAAAUCUUCAAGUAAAGAUGAUUCUAUCUCGGAGGGGCAAGCAGUUGAGGUUAGUAAUUUAAAUUGUGAAAAUUGUCCAAAUAUGCACCAGAAUGUGGAUGUCAUAGAGAAGACGACACAUGGCGGCAGCAGUGUUACUAAGGAAGAUGAGCUAUUGAACACUGGUGAUCAUGUGGAUACAGUGAUUUUGUCAAGCAAGUCAGAGACAUCUAUGCCUACUGCAGAAGAAAGUAACAUUUCCACUAUUAAUGAAGGAAAUAGUGACAAUAUGGUAGGAAGUUUUUCAAGUAGCAGUGCGACGGCCUUUUCAACAAAAUCUUCCAUUUUGGGUGAGUCUACUCAAAUAUGUGUAAACAAUGAACCUGACAGACAGAAUGACCAUGAAAAAUGUGAUCUAGAUGUCUCUGUCAAUGAUCAGGAUGAACUAAUGAACACUGGUGAUCAUGUGGAUACAGUUAUAUUGUCGAACAAGUCAGAGGCAUCUAUAUUUACUUCUGAGGAAAAUAACAUUUCCUCCAUCCGUGAAGGAAACAGUGGCAAAAAGGUAGAAGGUUUUCCUAGUGGCAGUGUGAAGGAUUUUUCAACAAAAUCUUCCAUUUUGGGCAAGUCUACUCAAAUAUGUGCAAACAAUGAAUCUGACAGACAGAAUGACCAGGAAAAAUGCGAUCAAGUUGUCUCUGUCAAUGAUCAGGAGCAUGAAAAGGUUCCUUCUGAUUCUAGCCAGAAGCAUUGUGAUGUCGAUAAGGGUGUUGUUUCAUCAUCUAUUAGUGAAGGUAGCAUGGAAAUCAAGUUGACAACUUCCACAGUAUCAAUCCAUGUCACACCUAUCAAUAAUUCUGUUUCACAAGUUGUUUCGGAAAAUAAUAGUUUGACAUCACAUGAGAUAAUAGACAUUCCACCUUCUAGCAAAGUUGUUUCCACUCAUGAAGUUACUAGUCACAAUGAAUUUCAAGGGAUAACUCCUGUUGGAAAUUCUUCUGCCGAGGAAAAGGGAGAAUCUACAGCAAAAGCUGAGGAAGCAGGCACAUCUACCCUCGUUGGAUGUUCUGAGCAGGAAACUGCUUCUUGUCCUGUCCCAGGAACUGAAAAACAUCAUUCUUCUGAUACUUCUAGGCAAUUGUUACAUGACAGCGAUUGCCUGCAUAAUGUAGGGACUAGUGCUGUAAAGAUUGGUGAACCUCAAGGAACAGCAAAUGAUAAAGUUAUUCAGGAAUCUGCAAAAGAGACUGGUAUGCCUCAAGUUCUAUGUGCAUCAUCCAAGAAACAGAGUGACGUUGUCACAGUUUCUUUAGUUAAGGAUGACAAGAAGACUGUGCAGGAGAAUCCUAACGAGUCUUCCUCAGAAAAAAUAGGAGGUGGAAGCCAUUCCCUAACUGAAAAGGAAAAUAAUCAAGUUGAGGCUUCACCUACUCAGAACCCCCAAGUUUCUGAAGAUCUAAAGGAGAAUAAUACAUCUAAAGAUGAAAGAAGGUCAACUCCUGAGGUAAAUUCAGUGAAUGAUUUGUCCAAAAAGGGUGCUACAGCUGAUGUUGGCAAGAUGCAACCAAUUCCUGUUACUGAAACCGUCAAAACAUCAUUGGCUGUGGAGGAGGGAUCUCCUUCAACUUCUGGGCGAGGUCCCUCAAAAAUCAAAUCUGUUGGAGAUGUAGCACAUGGUGCUUCUAAAGCUACACCUGAGCGCAAAACUAGACGAGCAUCUAAUAGGAGUGCUGGAAAGGAAUCUUCUAGAAGAGGAAGUCAUGCAAAGGACACUACACUGGCUAGACAGACUGAUAGAGGUGAUAAAUCAACCAAAGUUUCCCUGAGCCCAUCUCCUGGUUUUCAGAUGAUGCAGUCAAACGAGGUGCAGCAGUUUGGGCAUAUUGACUCAAAUAGUACAAAGUCAUUUGCUGUUGUAAAUACUUCAACAUCUAGCCUUCCAGAUUUGAACACUUCUGCUUCUCCACCUAUUUUGUUUCAUCAGCCUUUCACAGAUCAGCAGCAAGUACAAUUACGUGCACAGAUCUUCGUAUAUGGAGCUUUGAUUCAAGGCACAGUACCGGAUGAGGCUUAUAUGAUAUCAGCUUUUGGAGGAUCAGAUGGUGGAAGGAGCCUUUGGGAGAAUGCUUGGCGUACCUGCAUGGAAAGGCAACAUGGUCAAAAAUCUCAUCCUGCUAACCCAGAAACACCUCUGCAAUCAAGAUCUGUUGCUAGAACCUCUGAUUUGCCACAUAAGCAAAGUGCUGCUCAAGGAAAAGGUAUCUCUUCGCCACUUGGUCGAACCAGCAGCAAGGCUACUCCACCAAUUGUAAACCCCUUAAUACCUCUUUCAUCUCCACUUUGGAGUCUAUCAACUCUAGGUCUAGGUAGUGAUUCCCUGCAAUCUAGUGCCAUUGCAAGAGGUUCUGUCGUGGAUUAUCCACAGGCAAUUACUCCAUUACAUCCUUAUCAAACUACUCCUGUGAGGAAUUUUCUUGGACAUAACACACCUUGGAUGUCCCAAACCCCCCUUCGAGGGCCAUGGAUUGCUUCUCCAACUCCUGUAACUGACAAUAGCCCCCAGAUUUCUGCAUCACCUGCCUCAGAUACAAUUAAGCUAGGAUCAGUCAAAGGAUCUCUGCCUCCUUCCUCUGGCAUAAAGAAUGUUACUUCUGGUGUCUCUACUUCCAGUACAGGUUUGCAAAGUAUCUUUACAGGAACUGCCUCUCUGCUUGAUGCAAACAACGUGACAGUAUCACCUGCUCAACACAAUUCAGAUCCAAAGCCCAAAAAAAGAAAAAAAGUUGUGGUCUCUGAGGAUCUAGGCCAGAGGGCUUUGCAAUCACUGGCUCCUGGUGUUGGUAGCCAUACAUCUACUCCUGUUGCAGUUGUGGCCCCUGUUGGGAAUGUGCCAAUAACUACUAUUGAAAAAUCAGUUUUGUCUGUAUCUCCUCUUGCUGAUCAAUCCAAAAAUGAUCGGAAUGUUGAGAAGAGGAUUAUGUCAGAUGAGUCUCUUAUGAAAGUUAAAGAGGCUAGGGUACAUGCAGAGGAAGCUUCUGCUCUCUCUGCUGCUGCAGUGAAUCAUAGCCUAGAGUUAUGGAAUCAGUUGGAUAAACAUAAAAAUUCUGGGUUGAUGCCUGAUAUUGAGGCUAAACUAGCUUCUGCAGCAGUUGCAGUUGCAGCUGCUGCAACCAUUGCAAAGGCAGCAGCUGCAGCUGCCAAUGUUGCCUCAAAUGCUGCUCUUCAAGCAAAACUAAUGGCUGAUGAAGCAUUGCUUUCAUCUGGUUAUGAUAAUUCCAGCCAAAGUAAUCAAAUUUCUCUUUCUGAGGGGACCAAUAACUUGGGAAAAGCUACCCCUGCUUCCAUCUUGAAAGGUGCUAAUGGAAUCAAUAGUCCUGGUUCUAUCAUUGUUGCUGCCAAGGAAGCUGUUAAAAGGAGAGUGGAAGCUGCUUCAGCUGCCACCAAAAGAGCUGAAAAUAUGGAUGCCAUUGUGAGGGCUGCUGAGCUGGCAGCAGAAGCUGUAUCUCAAGCAGGAAAAAUUGUAACUAUGGGUGAUCCUUUGCCUAUAAGUCAGUUGGUAGAAGCUGGCCCAGAGGGAUGUUUGAAAGCAACCCGAGAGUCUUCUCAGCAAGUUGGAUUAUUCAAAGACAUUAACAGAGAUAUGGUGAACAAUAAUGUGAGAGAUAUUCCUGAAACUUCUUAUACACAUAACAGAGACAUUUUAUCUGGUGGCAUUUCUGCUCCUAUUAAGAUCAAUGAAAAGAAUUCAAGAGGAGCAAAGGGACACAAGGUUGUUUCUGAUUUAGUCAAGCCUAUUGACGUGGUUCCUGGAUCUGAGCCUGAAAUUCAGGCUCCUCCUUUUACUGUUAGUAAUGGAUCUGAAAAUCUGGUGGAAAGUAGCAUCAAGGAGGGCUUACUCGUAGAGGUUUUCAAAGAUGAGGAAGGGUUCAAAGCUGCCUGGUUCUCAGCCAAUAUUUUGACUUUGAAGGAUAAUAAAGCUUAUGUAGGCUACACUUCACUUGUAGCUGCUGAAGGUGCAGGGCCAUUAAAAGAAUGGGUUUCACUUGAAUGUGAUGGAGACAAACCCCCUAGAAUACGUGCUGCUCGUCCUCUUAAUACUUUACAAUAUGAAGGAACAAGAAAGAGACGUAGAGCUGCUAUGGGAGAUUAUGCAUGGUCUGUUGGGGAUAGAGUUGAUGCAUGGAUACAAGAAAGCUGGCAGGAAGGAGUCAUAACAGAGAAGAAUAAAAAAGAUGAAACAACAUUUACUGUUCACUUUCCUGCUAGUGGAGAAACGUUGGUUGUUAGAGCUUGGCAUCUCCGUCCAUCCCUUAUCUGGAAGGAUGGAAAAUGGAUUGAAUCUUACAAAGUGGGGACAAAUGACAGUUCUACCCAUGAGGGUGAUACACCAAAUGAAAAACGACCUAAAUUGGGUAGUCAUGUGGUAGAUGUAAAAGGGAAAGACAAGAUGUCAAAAGGCAUUGGUGCUGUGGAGUCGGCAAAACCUGAUGAGAUGACAUUACUUAAUUUGGCUGAAAACGAUAAAGUGUUUAACAUUGGUAAGAGCAGCAAGAAUGGAAAUAAAUUUGAUGCACACAGAAUGGUGAGGACUGGACUUCAAAAAGAAGGAUCAAAAGUAAUUUUUGGUGUUCCUAAACCUGGGAAGAAAAGGAAAUUUAUGGAAGUAAGCAAGCAUUACGUGGCCCAUGAAAACAGUAAGAUCGGUGAUAGAAAUGAUUCAGUUAAACUUACAAAUUUCUUGAUGCCUCCAAGUUCCGGACCCAGAGGAUGGAAAAAUAGUUCCAAAAAUGAUGCCAAAGAGAAACAUGGAGCCGACUCCAAGCCCAAGACAAGCCAUACAGAAAGGAUUAAGGAUUCUUCAAAUCUCUUCAAGAAUGCUGCUUCCAAGAGUGAAAGUAAGGUGGAGAGAGCACCCCACUCUGCAAGUGAUGGAGCAACAGGACCAUUUUUGUUUUCAUCGCUGGCAACUUCGGUGGAUGCUCAUCCCACUAAAAGGGCAUCCUCAUCAAGAGCAAGUAAAGGGAAACUUGCGCCUGCACGUGUUAAAUCAGGUAAAGUUGAGAUGGAAAAGGCUUUAAACGACAAUCCCAUGAAAUCAGCAUCCGACAUGGUUGAGCCCCGGAGAUCCAAUCGCAGGAUCCAGCCAACAUCAAGACUAUUAGAAGGAUUGCAGAGCUCUUUGAUCAUCUCAAAGAUUCCUUCGGUUUCACAUAAUCGUAAUACCAAGAGUUAAAUGGAAGGGAGCUUGCAAUGAUUAUGAUGCGGACACUUAAAAGACCGGCCUGUUAUUUAGAUGACCGACAUACCUAGCAUAGAUGUGUAUAUUUAUAAUAGAGAACCAACCUAGGAAUGGAAAUUCUUGCUUCCUAUGUUUCAGUAGACGGUCGGUCAUAUUUGAUUUUAGUAUUUAUUUAAAUUUGAAUGUGAUUUGAUCCAUAGGCUGUGCUGUAUAUGGAUAUUCUCCAUGUUACCUUGUUUGUAGAGGUUUGUUCAUCAAAUGAUAACAUAACGCGAUGCUCUACUCUACUCUACAUGCCAAUCGCUGCAUUCACUA